CAUGGACAGCCUGAAGAUCAUUGAGAUUAUAGACUGGCUGAGGAUGGUACCACUUAAAAACCAUGAAGAUGGCUUUGGACCACAAUUCAUAUGAACAGUUAUGCUAUGAUGGCUUAGGACUACAAUUGCUAGGAUAGCUUUAGAACUGCAAUUGCCACGAACAGUUUUGCACUCAGGUCUGUUGCACUCAGGUUUGUUGAACAGUGGAUAAGUUCAACAAACAGACUUAAUGUGAAAACUGUAAUGAAUUGUCCUGGUUACACAAUUGCACUAUUUGUCCAUGUAGUACGCAGUUAUAGAAGGGAUGUAUUUAAAAUCUGUUGUCACCCAGAUGAGGAUGGGUUCCCUUUUGAGUCUGGUUCCUAUCAAGGUUUCUUCCUUGUAUCGUCUCAGGGAAUUUUUCCUUGCCACCGUUGCCUCUGGCUUGCUUAUUCGGGAUAAAUUAAUGCAUUUAAAACUUAUAUCUUGACUGUAUUUAAUUCUGUAAAGCUGCUUUGUGACAAUGUCCGUUCGUAUGCGCCAUAGAAACGAAAUUGAAUUGAAUUUAAUAUAUGUUUUAUCCACUCUUAGAACAAAAAGGCUUAAAAAGCACGUUUUUGUUAAGUUUGGUGUUUUUCUGUUUAACCUAUUGUCUGCAUACCCUUGGCGUGUAGUGUAUGCUUUAAAAUACAAAAGGAAACGCCCUCCUUCGGGUCGGUGACCUCUGACGUCAUCAGUCACGUGCUAGUGUUAACUCGAUACAUACUUCAACACGCUGUACUGAUGCACUUCGUUUUUCCGUAGUGAGAACUAUCUCUGAUACCACGUUUUCAUACGGCACAGCGUGUUAAUUCCAGACAGUAAUUAUCGCGUGUUUGACGGUGGACAUGGCUGAACCCGAGGGAUGUCCACCCAGCAACUCAGGCUGGCCGACUCAGGAAGCACCGCUGAGACCGCCGAAUGUACAGCAGACUCCUCAGCAACAACCGCACAAAUUUCAGGCAUUAAGAGACUGGAACUGGUUUCAGUCUGCGCCGACAAGUCCGUGGGGUCUCAACCCCAUGUGUCCUAUUAAUAGCUACGGUGGUCCAGCUUAUGUACAACACCACUAUCCUGGUUAUCAUCUUCAUGAAUAUCAGUAUGGGAGGCAAGACCAUAGCCAAAAACAGUGGAGAAACAAACAGAAAAAACAGAAAGAACCAGAAUUCAGUCAUUUCUGUGAUACUUGUGAUAGAGGUUUCAAAAACCAUGACAAAUACAAUGAACAUAUUACCCAACAUGUAAAGUGUUCUUUUGACGAUUGCAAAUACACUGCACAUGAGAAGCUUGUCAAAAUCCACUGGAAAAAUAGUCAUGCCCCAGGAGCAAAGCGAAUCAAGUUGGACACUCCAGAGGAAAUUGCAAAAUGGAGAGAGGAAAGGAGAAGGAACUACCCAACACAAAGCAAUGUAGAGAAGAAAAUUAAAUUAAUGGAGGUCAGAGAAAAGAGAGGAGAUGUGCUGGAAACUUCUCAGUUUGGCCGUUUUAAGAGUCAUGGCCGAGUGCAUGGUGGGCACUAUCAUGCAGAAGGUUUCCAGACUCACAGAGGGCAUGCAUAUGGUGGCCAUCAAUACUUCCAUCCAGGUAGUGAAAAGGUGGAGCAGGUAUCACCUCUCACAUGCCUUCCCCAUGAUGUAGAUCCUCUAGGAGCCCUGGCCACCAGUGAUCCAGAUUCUGAGAAAGAGGAGUCAGCAAAGGAGAUGAAGGCUGACAUUUCCGUGGCCCCCAAAAAUAUGACCUCCGCUCUAGGAUCACUGAUGUGCAGCUAUGGAGAAGAUAUGACCGAAAGCGAAAGUGACAAAGAACCAGAAGAUGCCCCAAUCCUGAAAAGUGCUCUGGCUUUAGAGGAGAACAAGGUUUUGGUUGCAGCUCAUUCUAACCCAAACCAGAACAGUGCACCAAUGCCUGAGAGGAGGCCAACAACUGAGGAAUUAGAGAUCAGCCAUCAAGUACCACAUCCUCAUUCAGAGUCACAUCCUCUGAGGAGAGGAGGGAGUCGUGGAGGUAGACGAAGGGGAAGGCGACAUAAUGAACCUAGGAGUGGACCACAGAAAUGUCGUCCUACUUUACUAGAGAUGUUGUUGGCUGCAGAUAUUCGCCAUGAAAGGAAUGUGGUGCUUCAGUGCGUUCGCUAUAUAAUCCAUAAGGAAUUCUUUGGUCUAGCUUGUAAAGACUCCAACCUGGUGAUGUCUGAUGUUGCUUCAGUAACUGAAUGGUUCUGUGUCAGGAAAUGAUGUUGGUGAAAGUGACAUAACAACAUAAUUAUCUACGAAAUGGAGCAUUCAGUUGUGAUGAAGGGUUGCCUGGUCAUCCAGUCUCAGGAAGAGAAUACUUCCUUUGUGUCACAGGAUAUACUGUUCAUUAAAAGACAUAAAGGAAAUGGAUUUAUUCUGCUGGUCUCUGUCAAGACAUAGCUGACCCCCAAGGUGUGUUUAAACAAAAGCUCACUGCACUAGUAAGCUUUUUUUUUUCAGUGUGGAGCACAAACAUUCAGCCAAGGUCACUUCUGCUGAUAUUUGCUUAGUUUAGUAGCUGGUGAUUGUUCCAUGGGGGUACCACAGGAUGGAGAUGUGCCGAGGCAACCCUUAAAGCUAGUAAAUCAUUAUCACUCAGAAUAUACCUCAGCUACUUUUUACCAGAGGCCAUCAGGCUUUAUCUGAUUUUGUCACUUGAUAACAGAUCGAAUUAUUGUUAGGAGUCACUAUGAGUCCCAUGAAUCUUUUUAAGUGAAUGAUCACACCAAGAAUGUUGACUACAGCAGAAUGGAGAACUUAGCUUACAAACGAGGAGUAUGACAAUGUUAGCUCGGAGAUUUCUGUGGUUACCAGUGCCAUACUGUUUAAUUUUAAGUGACAAAUCAAACAUCUCAGAAUGAAGACCAAGACAGUUUGAGUAUAUUAGUGUUUUGUUUAACCUACAUUUAACAGUGAUUAAUGAUUUCUGUGUUUGAUUAAAACAUGUUUAUCCAUGUGAAUAUGAAUUAUUAUAAUUUUCUAACAGUUUAUUUAGUGGACAUAAACAAAUACUACAGGGUUAGAACAGCAUGUUGAAGGAUUUGACUGAAUUUUGUAUCACUACUUGUACACACAUAUUGCACACAGUUGACUACUUUAAUAAGUCUAAUUUUACAUCUGGUUAACAUGUCUAUCAAGUUGUGUAACUGUAAUGCAUUUAUUCAGGUAAAUAUUAUUACUUCCUUGUUGCAGUAAAAUUUUUCUCAACAAUGAA